GCUUCUGCUUUCUGUCUGGUUGAUCUCUUAAUUGCACGGGAAAAAAGUUCCGUCUGAGCAGGCGUCUAACUGUUGCCCGCUAUCCGCCUUGUCGGUAACUCACGAACCAGCUCGAACGGUUCUGACACAUCAGAUAACUCGAAAGCCUUGGACUCAGUAUCAUCUCAGGUCCAACGAUUCGGCUACCGUAGCCAGUCCCUCGGGACGUCCCUCUUCCGCCUCUCCUUCGUUUUUAUAUACAUAUCGUCCCGAGACGACAUCUCUUCGAUAGUCAACCCCCCCAGUGUUAUAUAUACGACAAAAUGUCCACUGCAGUUGCGCCUGCGACGGCGGCACCUUUGACUUCUCAUGUCGACAGAGCGCCAAGUCCUAAGAACCAUCACUCACUCGCUCCCACAUCAGCAAUGCCGUCGUCUCGAAUGCCCUCCGGUACACAAGAAAAGUCCAGUCCUGAAGGGAAGAAGACUCCCAAUUCGAAUGCCGCACCAAAGAUCAUAGUGAAAAAAGAACCUCCGUCUUCCCCCACAAUAUCCUCUCAGACGAGGCCUCGUCCCAGAAAACUAGAUCUCUCUGCUAGCACGUUAUCAGUCCGUGGUCCGGCGGGCCCAAUGACUGCUCGUGACGGCUUAGGGCUACACGAGGUUGGGUUGGCAUGCUUAUCACCCGGUUUUCAGACACACGAUCCCGAACGGCAAGAACAGCUACAACGCAGUAUUGCAGUACGCGAGCAGCAGAGAUCCAUAAUUGAGUCGAGACUACAAAAAUCCGCAAAAGGUGAUGGCAGUGAUUCAAACAAAUCAUCCGAAUCGAAUCCCUUUGGAUCUUUAAAAAUUGCCAAGAAGCGUCCUCCUCCUGGCCUCUCUAUCGUCCCUCCCUCCGCUUCCCAAUUUGCAAACGAACGAGUUGUGCAGUCUGCUCCAUUAAAUAAAACAUUCACCGGUCGACACGACCCUAUGCCUAUAACACGUCACCUCAUUGGCCAUACUGCAAACCUUCCCUCGCCUUCUCAUAUCCAUCAUGUGCCUGCUCAGCAAACUAAUAAUCGUCUACCUCCGCUUUCAGAUGUGUUUGGCUCUGAUCUAGCUUCGAGGCAAGACCGGGAGCGUAAUGGACCGUUCCCUGGCUCUGGCGUCAACUCCUCACAAUCUACCACUACCGCAUCGACAAUCCCACCAUUUUCAUCUUCUCCCGGUCACAACGGCACCUCUCAACAACGACCGCGAGAGUACCGAUCCGCCGAGGAAGCCGUUCAAGAGCUUUCCGGAGGCCGAGAAGAACUCCUACCUCGUAUCAUUCACUAUAACGGUCACCAACAGCCGGCCACCCCACCUUCACCAUACAGCAAUGGAAAUGUAGGCAGCACAUCCGGCACACAGCAGACAUAUGCACCACCUCCAAGCCAGGGAACGUCCCGUCGCCGAACGAGAAGUGAAUACGAACAAGACAACGGUAGUCCUCCAUUGGGCACAGGACCAGAUAUGAGGUUUCGAAACGGGCCAGGCCCGGCGGUGUCAUCGUACGGACCUUUUGGAGCAGGCCGGGAUUCACCAGAGACGCAGAGGAAAAAGAAGGAAGAAUUCCUGUCUCUUUGCUCGCGAGCAUGGGACCUUUUUCACUCUUAAAAAGAUAUCCGGAGGGUCUAUAAACCUGAGAAUACCAUAUAACUCUCGUCACCAUCGUCUAUAACAGCAACUCGGGGCUUCACGAUAUUAAUUGAAUGUCAAUCCAACCGACAGAUUCGUUUACGCCACGACUCAAAAACAUUUGUGUAUUACUCGAGAUAUCCAUUCCACCUCUCCACGAGGAAGCAAACAUCUCUUGCGUUCAGCCGGUGGGUUUCAUUUGAGCACACUUUACUUUUCCCUCCCAGUUUUACAUUCUGCGCCAAAUCGGACUUGGGGAACUCGAACUCUUAUAUAUACGAUAUACAAUAAAUCUCGACUUGUGUGACUGAGCUUUGUUGGCAAUUGAAUGAACAUGAGGCAUGAAAGGGACAUAAUAAUUGGGAUUGGCUUUUUUUUUCUUUGCCCUGGUUGGCCUCUUUUCCAUUUUUCUUCUUCAUGCUUUGAAAAAUUUUUAUACCAUAUCAUGUUGGAUUAACAACGACAAUCAGUUUUCGAUUUUUCUUUCGCAUAUUCUAUGGCUUCUGGCUUUUGGGCGUCUUACAUAUUUCGUUCUUUCUAUUUUUCUUAUUUUGGGUCUUUAUGUUGAUAUCCCUUUUGCAUCGCAAUGCUUUGCGAUCUUUUUUUAUCUGGUCUGCUCGAAUCCAAUUAUUUAGCUCUUUCUGUUCUUUUUCGUUGUCAAUGAUUGAUCGGUAGAUAUGG